AUGUAUUCCCACACCAUCGACGCUCUUCCUGCCUACAACAACGAGAUGCCUAUCUUCAACCUCGCCAUGACCCUUAUCUGGGGUGCUGCUGAGCUUCUGCUCUCUAUCGGCAUCAUCACCGCCUUCUCAUUCAUGGUCUGCUAUGGCUUCGGUGCUGCCAUGGACCCCAAGGGUGUUCAAGUCGAAGAUGAAGAAUCAGACGUGCCUUCAAAAGAGAAUACCGCCUCCAUCUUCAUGUCCGCAAUGCUUAGCGGUUUCCACGUCACUUUUGUCUUCUUCGGCCUUCCGCUCUUCGGACAUGCUACCGAGUCCUUCGUCAUGCGUCUUAUCUAUUCGACCGCCAUCAUCGCUGCUUUGACUACCGCAGUCGCUCUCAGCACGAUCGUUUUCUACCUCAUCGCCCCCGUCGUUUCCGCAUGCUGGAACGGCGUCUCCAGACUCUUCAGAAAGACUCCUGCACAGGACGAACAAGAUAUUGAGGCUCAGCACGAGCGCGAGGCCUUCCUCGACGAGAAGAAGGUCGAACCUGAAGUCGAGUGA